AUGUCUUGGCUGGGAUUUAAAGAUAUGGCUAUCAGUAGACUAAUUAAGUGGUGUUGCAUUAUAUUCUUUGCAGCAGCUCUAAAGGAAGAAGAAAACCCUAAUUACUGGAGAAGUCAAGCACAAAACACCCUGCAAAAUGCUCUCGCAAUGCAACUGAACACUAAUGUAGCUAAGAAUGUUUUACUAUUCCUUGGAGAUGGAAUGGGAAUUCCCACAGUAACAGCAGCAAGAAUUCUAAAGGGGCAGUUAUCUGGCCAAUCUGGAGAAGAGACUAUGCUUGCCAUGGACACCUUUUCACAUGUCGCCCUCUCUAAGACAUAUAGUGUUGACCUUCAAGUCUCAGACAGUGCCAGCACAGGGACAGCUUACCUCUGUGGGGUGAAGACUAACUCAGGGACAAUUGGGAUCAGUGCUGCUGCCCGAAAUGGUGUCUGUAAGUCACAGUUUGGAAACGAAGUCACAUCGAUCCUGAAUUGGGCCAAGGAUGAAGGAAAAUCAGUUGGCAUUGUCACAACCACAAGGGUUCAGCAUGCCACUCCUGCAUCUACCUAUGCCCACACAGUCAACAGAAAGUGGUACGCAGACAGUGAUUUGACCUCAGCUGCGAAGAAGGAAGGAUGCCAAGACGUUGCAUACCAGAUGGUCCACAAUGUGGACAUUGAUGUUAUAAUGGGUGGAGGUCGCAUAUACAUGACUCCGAAGGGGACCCCUGACCCAGAAUAUCCCACUAGUUCCAAACAGAAUGGGGUCAGGGGUGAUGGCCUGAACCUAAUCACAGAAUGGCAGAAGAUGAAAACAGGCAAGGUUGCUCACUAUGUAUGGAACAAAGCUGAUUUUGAUGCUGUCGACCCGAACACUACUGACUAUUUAUUAGCGUUGUUUGAACCCAAAGAUAUGAAGUAUGAGCUGGACAGGGAUCCCAACAAUGAACCGUCUAUCACCGAGAUGACUGAAAAGGCCAUUCAGAUCCUACAAAAAAAUCCCAAAGGCUUCUUCUUGCUGGUAGAAGGUGGUAGAAUUGACAUGGCACACCAUGACAGUAGAGCUGCAUAUUCUCUAUAUGAAGCUGUGGCAAUGGAUAUGGCCAUUACACGAGCACAGGAGAUGGUCAGUGAGGAAGACAGUCUGAUUGUUGUCACAGCUGAUCACUCCCAUACCCUCUCAAUCAAUGGUUAUCCAUUUCGAGGCAAUUCCAUUCUAGGCAAAUCCCCUAUCUUUGGCCUGGACUUUUUGCCAUACACAACUCUACUCUAUGGGAAUGGCCCAGGGUUCAAGGUCACUGAUAACAGCAGGCCUGACAUACGAGACAUUGACACAGGCUCACACACCUAUAUACAACAGUCUGCAGUACCUACAAGCUCUGAGACUCAUGGAGGGGAGGACGUAGCCAUUUUUGCCAGUGGACCAAUGUCUCACCUUUUCCACGGUGUUCAUGAGCAGAAUUAUAUUGCACACGUCAUGGCUUAUGCAGCCUGCAUUGGGGAAAACCAGGAACACUGUAGAGGAAGAGCAUCAUUUCAAGAAAGCAGAGCCACAGAAAAUGGUGCCGUCUGUUGCACUUAUAAUCUCCUACUUGCUUUGUUCAUUUUUGUGACUGGUGAAUUCUUUGUGCAGUAA